UCACGCCCCCAUUUCUGAUUUCCUUUUCUAUUUACAUUCAAUUCAUUCCUCUUUCAAUUCUCAUGUGCUUCAAAACUUAUUAAAAUACAUAUCUACUCUCUCAUCUAAUUCAACCCAAACUCUGUCUUCUCUGUGAUCCUAACAUGGCAUCGGACAAGGAGAGGGAGACCCAUGUUUACAUGGCCAAGCUUUCCGAACAAGCUGAACGUUAUGAAGAAAUGGUGGAGUACAUGAAGAAUGUAGCGAAACUGAAUGUGGAACUGACGGUGGAGGAGAGAAACUUGUUGUCAGUUGGGUACAAGAAUGUGAUUGGAGCUCGAAGAGCUUCAUGGAGGAUCAUGUCUUCUAUUGAGCAGAAAGAGGAGUCUAAGAGCAACGAACACAAUGUGAAGCUCAUCAAGACUUAUCGUCAGAAGGUAGAGGAUGAGCUCUCCAACAUCUGCCAUGAGAUUCUUCAAAUCCUAGACAACCACUUGAUCCCAUCUUCCAAAACUGGAGAGGCCACUGUCUUCUAUUACAAGAUGAAAGGUGACUAUUUCCGGUAUCUAGCCGAGUUCAAGACUGACCAAGAAAAGAAAGAUUCUUCUGAUCAAUCACUCAAGGGCUAUGAGGCAGCUUCGGGUAUUGCUAGCAAAGAACUUGCUUCCACUCAUCCAAUCCGUCUUGGCCUUGCUCUCAACUUCUCUGUCUUCUACUAUGAGAUUCUCAACUCCCCCGAAAGGGCAUGUCACUUGGCUAAGCAAGCUUUUGAUGAGGCAAUUGCAGAGUUGGACACUUUGAAUGAGGAGUCCUAUAAGGACAGCACCUUAAUUAUGCAGCUCUUGAGAGACAACCUCACUCUCUGGACUUCUGAUAUGCCAGAAGAUGGAGGUGAAGAGAACUCAAAAGCUGAAGAACCAAAAGGGGAUCAAGCAAAAGCUGAACCAGAACCUGAAAGCCAUUAAUGUUGGAAGCUGGGACUAUGCAUCAAACAUUAUUAUAAUACGCGAAAACACCUGCAGAAGAAUGCUUCAUACAUACAAAGAGCAGCUUUUGGGAUUUAGCAAAGGAUCGCAAUUAGCCAGACUAGCUGCCUUCAAUUUAUUAUUUCUCCUGAAUUGUUACUUGUAAUAGGUUCUGUCUUUUGAAUUUCUAUAUAUGUACUUGUUCAAGAACAGAAAACUCUUUAUCAUCUCAUUUAUUGUCCUCUCAACUUCUGGAGGCUUUUCUAUGGUUUUAAUGAAAUGCAUGCUU